AUGACUUGGAAACCAACCAACAGCAACAAAGAGAGCCAUAGUGCUAAGCGGGAGAGACUAACAUACAAGAAGGUGACUCCAGGCCACAGCACCCAGUGUGCUGGUUGUGACAAGAGCGAUGCGGCCACGCGGCUUUCAGCGGCGGAACCCGCGGCCGUGCCCGAAUCGGCCGGUAGAUGGCGCACCAGGCCUCCGCCUCGGCCGGCCGAGCCGCUUGGGCUGAUCAGCAACUCGGGAAGCUCUGGAGUGAUGUCUGUGUUCCCCGAGAUCACCUUGCCCAGCAUCACCAAGGACCAACGUCCCUUGGCUCUGCACGCGAGGCUCACGUUUACGGUCAAGUUGAGACUCCCUUCAGCCUCCCUGGGCCUUUCUCAGUGUCCCUGGGCGACAGGAAUGCUGGCAAGAUCUGAAAAUCAAACGAGUGAUAGCGACUUUAGUGAAAGCAUGCGGGGUGGGGGCGGCGCCCUCACCACCUCGCCUGGCUCUUCCCGGCGCUCACGGGGCCCCAUCCCCUCACCCGCGGUCCUGCUUCCUGUUUGUGUUGCCGCAUUGCUGCUUCCUGGCGGUCACUGGAGCCGCCCUUCUGCUGUGCCUCCGCCCGGGACUGGCUCUCGUCCCAGCCUUUUCCCGGGCGGGCAAAUCCGGCUCCCUCCAUCUGGGUCUCAGCCCGUCCAGGUGCUGGAGGCCUCGCCCCGACGCCCCGGGGGGAGGGCGUCCUCUCCCCUGUGCUCCAAUUCUCGGCAGACCUUUAUCCUAGAAACGAGCCUGGAGCAGGCGCCUGUGGGGAGCUGGCGCUGUGCACCAUCUGACUUUACCAGCGCCCUCCCAAUACCCGCUCCUGAUUUCAGCCGCCUGAGCCGGCUCCGCUGGGCAAGCAACGCCUCAGGUGGAAACUCACUUUUUUCUUUCUUAUCACAAGAAUUCUACAAGGUAACUACUGUCUUGGGGAGGGGAAGCCGCAUUGUCUCCGAAAGCACAGACGGAAGCAACAAAUGGGAAAAAAAAACAGGCCAGGCUUGUGAAAUCCCAAACCGGACUGGUAAGAACAACAUCAUAAAUUAUGGAUCUCCCCAAGCCGCCUCCGGCCAGGCCCUAUGCGGGGCGUCUCCAGGGACACGCAAGGCGCGAGUGUCCUCCGUGGUCCGGGCAUGCGGUUGGCGGGGGCCACUGAGGCCCCCGCGGGGCGACGAGUCCGAGGCCCCCCGGGACCCAGGGGACGGCGGCCCCGAGCCGGCCGAGCCCCGAUCGCCUUUGUUAGCGGGGAUCCCCGAGCGUGGGCCGGGCCUGGGGACCGCAGGGGCGCGCGGGGCAGGCAGGUGCGGGGGCGGCGCGGGGGCCCCGAGCGGCCGGCGACAGCUGCGCGAGGGCGCGGGGGCGGAGGCGGGCGUCACGCGCGGGACGCCCAUCUGGCCCGGGUCCCCUCCCGCGCCCGCGGCGGGAGGGACAAGUCAAGGUCGGCGGCGGCGGCGCGCUGUGGGCGCCCAGACCAGGGCCUCGGUUGCGCCCGCCCAGCGCCCCGCCGCCAGCCCGGGGCGCCCACCUUGCCCUUUGUCCUUCCUGCCGAGCAGCUGGGCCGUGACCCCCGGCAGCCUCCGAGCCGGCGGGAUUAAAGGAGCCUCCGCCCUGCGGAGAAACUGCAACUCCGACGGGCUGGGCCCCGGGAACGGGAACGCGCCUGGGAGCGCCCGGGCGGUCAGCUGCCCGGCGAGGUACCAGCUGGCACCUGUGCCUGAGAAAAUCGCGCUCGAGCAGCAUCUUUGUUUAGCAUCGGAGCACUGUGGAGGUAAUUACUGCCGGUUAGAAAAACGAAGGAGCUGGGUAACUGAAACCCCUGGCCCCUCGGCUUACCAAACUCCCAGGUUACAAGUGCGAUUUCCAGCCAGGUUUGGAGGCCGCCUCCCACAAAGCUUCGAGUCUGUGACUCUAGAUUCGACAGCUUGGAACCAGUUCCCCGGAGGCUCCGUUCCAGGUCUCCUCUUAGCUCAGAGGUCAAAUUAG